UGAGUAUCUCGGAUGCGAAGCCAGAGGUCGAGGAGUCUACAAAAAAUGACGCUUCACCAUCACUGAGCAGCCAAGCUGCGCAGGCUUUCACCCAGCUAGAUCGCAAGUUACGGCCUCUACUCCUGUGCAAUUUUCCAUGUUAGAUGUAAUUCGUUCCAAAAAAUCUAGCACUGGCGUUGUCCGAUAAAAUGAGAUAGACGUGACGGAAUCUUCUGCCGCUAACAAUAGAGUUGCGCCGUCUCAUCACAACGACUCGAACCACCCAGACGCGUGUCAACAAGAGCAAAGUCUUGAGCGCACCACAGAAACCUCCAGACAACCAGAAUAAGCGUAAAGCUGUACCUCGUCAGACACAACAAAAAACUGCAGUUACUAGCACAUCACGGGGAC